GACGCACGUGCCGCCGUUUUCACUUCGCGUAUCCGAUUGGGCUUCGAAAUGGCUGAUUCCGAGCCGCCACCGCCCUGUAACAUCGAUAUUCUGCGCCCGGACCGAACACACAUUUCGGCGUGGCGGGAUAAGGCCGAGUUUCGGGCGGUGUACGAUCGAGUGUUUGCGACGCCAACCGAUGACAUCGCGGCGAAGGAAGAGGCGAUCCGGUGGAUGAACGUGUGGAAGAUACGGCAGAACAAGGAAACGCCGGUCUGUGUGCGCUGCACGUUGGCCGUGCUGGAGGCCCAGGUGUUUGAUCGGCGUCAGGCGGGCGAGUCCAAUACGGCCGAAAUCAAGAGUAUCUACGCCGGAGCGUUCACACGGUUCAUCAACUGUGUCACGGAGGGCCGACAGACGCACGCCCGUAUGAAGCGGAAACCGUCGACGAUCGCACAGCACGUGCGCAGCAUUGGCAUCGAGCCGUAUCUGGUCGAGUUGCGGCACCUGUGCGCGCACAGUUCCGUGUCGAUCGCGAUCGACGUGUUCCGGCGGUCGGCCGAGUACUGCAUGAACUGGCUGAAGGUGUCGUACUGGGAGCGAGAGCUGGCCACCAUGGAACCGGUCACGUACGCGACGUUCCGUCGACCGGUACUUGGGCCAAAGCACACCGAAUUGUGCCGAGUGCUGCGAGCGUACGAUGCGGCCACUGCCGCACUGGUCCGGAAGGUAUCGGUGGUCCAGAAGGCGCGGCCACACCUGUCGGAUGAUGAGUUCCGGGCGCUCCAGGCGUACGAGACCGAGUACGGAACCUCGAAGCUGGGGUUGAUCGUUGACAAGCUGGUCGAUCAUCUGGAGGGCCAAAGUUUCCUGAGGCAACACUCGGUCACCGUGUGGGCCGUCUGCGAAGCGCUGCUUUCGGAGUGUCCGUACCUGCUGAAGGAUCCACUGAAGAAGGGACCGCAACAGGAGCGGAUGGCAAAGGUGCACGGUCCCCUGUUCCGGGCGCUCGCCGCGAUCGGUUGUUUGCAAGAGUUUUUCGAGCGACUGGUGGCCAUCUGUGAGGAUGCCGAAGCGGACGAUCAGAGGCGCCUGGCCGCACAAUACUGGGCCCUCAAGUUGGUGAUCGGGUUUCAGUUGCUCAAGGAGUUCAAAAAGCACUGCAAAUCACUUCCGGCCGAUCGGUUGGUGUUGUUUGCGGAGUUUUACAGCGGCAAACGGAAACGGUUGGCGUUCCAGGUGGCCGAGGAGUGGUACGGGCGGAGGGCGCUGAAAGAGGGGACACCAAACCAUUCGCUGAUACUCGGUGUGACCGCCGACUGUCCGUGGCACCUUCGACUCGACCGGGCGUAUCUGGUCCAGCGGUUGCAGGUGAUCAACGAUUACACCAAACCGAUCGUCGCUCCAUUAAGCUCGUUGGUGGAACCCGCUCUGCGUCCGCGGCAGUUGCAGGGCAUCGAGCGGCUCACUAAAAUACUUACCAUGGCCAGAGCGACGAAAGCGCCACGUUGGGACGGCACGACGUCGAAAGUGUACACGAUGGAGGACGUUUACAAAGCAACGGGCAAGAGGCCACCAGCCGCAAGCGGCGACACGCGCUGGGGACCUUGGCGGGCGACCGACGACAGUAUCGAGUGGAAGUACAUUCCGCUGGGCAUGAGUCCGUCCGAGCUGUGAAGCUGUGGUAGCACGAUCCUUUGUUCUCGAAGUGCCGAUUGACGUGUUGGACCGCUUCUUGCGUCGACCGUGCGACCGGACGAUCCGGUACCCCGAGCUAGCCUUCCGUCCGGUGCUGAGUUUCGAGGAUCUGGCACGUGCGUUGGCGGAUAUGCGUUAUCCGUCGCUGGCCAUUGCGGAUGACUUCUGGAUGGAACAACCGGCCACGCUGCCAUUCGCUGUACCGCGAGCAUCGAAGUAACCGCGGAAAAAGCAUGUUUCGAAUAAAAUGGGAAAAGAAUGUUGUCUUU